CAGUUCCAGUUCCAGUGUACCCUGCAAUAUGUUUUCGUUGCAUAGGGAUUUUUUAUAAACAAAUAGAUUUAAUUAUUAUUAAAUUUUGGGCCAUGUCGGCAACGGAUGAUAGCAACAAUUGGCAUCUCUGGUGUCGCUUGUGUGCCAAGGAUGACUUGCAAGGCAAUAUUAAUGUAUUCCUAAAGAAUGAACAGACAAAUACAGGAGACUCAGCUCUGGCCACAGCCAUAGGAAGAUAUUUCUGGGUGAACAUUACCCGCGGCGAGGAAUUGCCGGAAAUGAUUUGUGCCGAUUGCUUGACACUUGUAACUACUUUGGUUAACUUCUCGGAGAGGAUAACACGAGUUCAGAAAUUCUAUUGCAUAUUGCAAAGUCACAAAUCACAGGAUGAAGUGAAUCUUAGAGAGCUGAGAUUGAAAUUUGGUUUAAUUGAUGACGAGGAAGAGGAGGUUGAGAGAGAGGAAAAGGAUGUACAGAAUCUGACGGAAGUGCAUUAUGUGGAUGAGAAACCGAAAAUUGAUAUGGAAGACGAAUUGAAUGUAGAAGAAGAAAUGGCAACAGAUUUACCAAACGAGGUAGAAAAUCCCCUCAAUGAAGAUCAGGAUGAAGAAGGGAGAGAAGAAGAGACAGAAACGGAAGAAAUUGUAGAAAAGGAAGGUGAACAUCAACAGGAUGAGGAAGAGCAAUUUCUAUUAAAAUUUUGCAAUACGUAUGGACUUGAUGAAAACGAUGAGGUCGAUGGCAAUGAAGAAAUCGUUGGUGAUGACGAGGAUGAGGAGGAGGAGGAUGAAGCGGAGGAGGAACCCGGGAAGGAUAAAGAUAACAAUUUGGCCAUAAAAUCAAAACCAAAUUCUCGCUCGAAACGUAAUAAAUCGCAUCAAUGUUCUGAAUGUAAACGUGUCUAUGCCACAUCAGGCACUUUGAGUCGUCAUUUACGCUAUUGCCAUGCAGAAGCAACAACCACAUUAAGCACAUCGCCCAUGGCACAAUUCUCAUGCCCCGAGUGCCCAAAGAAAUUCCAUAAUCAUUGGAAUCUAAAACGUCAUACACAACAGCAUUUGCCAUUGCCCAAACGUAAAAUGUUUCCCUGUCCCAAUUGUGAUAAGAAAUUCACUAGCAAUGCCUCAGCCCUACAACAUGUCCAAUAUAUGCAUCAGGAUGAACGUCCACGUCCAGUUAUAUGCGAACAAUGCGGCGUAGCUGUCCACUCGAUUAGUGCUCUCAAGGAGCAUGUUCUCAAGCAUACAGAUUAUGCCCCAUUUGAGUGUGAUAUAUGCAAGAAAUGUUUCAAAAGCUCAAAUCGUCUGAAGCAUCACAAGGAAACGCAUGAUCCACAUAAAUAUAUAUGCCCCGAAUGUGGCAUGCAACUGAAUUCACGUCCCACCUUGAAUCGUCAUCGUUUAGUCCAUACGGAUAAGAUGCAACAUAAAUGCGAUUAUUGUGGCAAAGAAUUUAAACGUGCCAAAGCUCUGAAGAAUCAUUUGAUUCUGCAUACGGGCCUAAAACCAUAUUCCUGUGAUUUUUGUGAUCGCACCUUUGCCAAUGGCUCCAAUUGUCGGACGCAUAAAAAGAAAUCCCAUCCCGAAGAAUUGGCCGCUCAAGAGGCAGCUGGCGGCGCUAAGAACUAUAAUCGUAAUAUCCCCAAAUUGGAGGCGUUAAAGGCAUUUACAAAAAACAGGGAUAAUUUAUCUCCGGUGGUUACCAAGCAGAGUGGUUGCUUUGCCUUUGGAAAGAAACCCAAGCCGCAGAUUAAAUCAGAUGCUUCUCCACUUGCCAAUGAAGUUAGUCCACCAGCUGCAUCAUCAUCAUCGAUAGCCACUAUACCCACCAUUGAUAAUAUCUAUAAUCAUAUAAUGAAACAGCAAUCCCCGCCAGCUACCAAACCGGAACAGACCACAACAACGUAUGUGGUCCAUCAACAGCAGCAGCAGCAAACGACCCCGCAGCAGCAGCAGCAGCAGCAGAUUCUUAUCUCAAGUGAUGGCAGUGCAACACUGGUGACCACCACUCAGCAGCAGCAGCAGGAGGAGGAGCAGCAGCAACAGAACUUGGACACCAGUCCGAGUGGCACCCAAAUUUACUCAUAUUAGAAACCAGGGACACAAACAGACAUUCUCUCAUGCGCAUGUCCUGUGUA